UUACUCCGAUCCGAUCCGUAUAAUAAUUUUGUAAUAAAUUUAAUGUAUGUGAUAUGUUGAGAGAAACUUCUUCCACCAGGCCAGCAUCUUUUGCUUGGUGGAAUUGUCGAAGAAAGCUUUAAAGCAAUGCAACCGACGUGUCAUCAUGCCAGGUCAACAUCGUAUCCUAUCCCACGAAGAAGCUAAGAGAAAUGAGAGAAUAUCAAUGAUUGCUGUCGACCAUUUUUGCGGCUCCGCGUAAUACGACGACCCUUUAUUCUGUCUAAGAAACUCCUUGGUGGCUCAUCGAUGUGUAACACGUUAAAACCUGUACAUUUUCCUUUAUAUAUAUAUUAUAUAUGCCCUAAUAUAACAUAAUUCCCUUCCAUCAAUUCAUUUGCACUUUGCUAGCUUAAUUUGCAAACAAAAUCUAUUUUCUUUUCUUAACAAUAAUGGAGGCAAUAACUUCGUUCUCUCGCCGUCCCAACACGCUUGCGGCCAGGCGUUUUAUGGGAACUCCACCUCGUACCACCGGCGACAAGAAAAUGACGAGGAGGAUUAUUGCGGCGGCGAGAAGGGGGGAUAAUGAUCAAGAUCACCGGUGCAGUGGGCGCAACAAGAUCGUGGACGAGAACAUGAUAGUGCUAAGACUGAGGAUUAAGGAGAUGAAGGCGUUGGAGGGCGACGACGGGGAUCGGACGGCGGAGAUGCAUUGGAUGGGAUGGGAAAAGGAGUACGUGAAACAUUACAACGAGGAUAUUUGUGAAUUCAUAGGUUUGUUGCAGAGGUUUUUGAUGGAGAAUAGGCCGGCGUUAGGUUUGGGGUUGAUGGCAGUGGUUCUUGGGAGUGUGUCAUUGUCAACUUUUGUUGGAAUCAUGCAUGUCAUGGAGAUGGCCAAGGGAUUGCUGUCUCACCUUAAUUGAAGAGAUACAGUACAAUCUUAUCUGAUCUUAGUUUGAAUUUCUUGAAAUGAGAGAAUGGCCAAGUGAUCACAACUGUAAGUCUCACCUUAAUUGAAUACAAUCAUAUCUUAGUUUUCUUUAAAUGAGGGUAUCGCCAAGGGAUUGAGUACUGCCUAACCUUAAUUGAAUACAAUCUUAUCUUAAUUUUGUUGAAAUGAGAGUUGGUAUGGUGCGUGAAUGAACUAGGAUUGCUAGCUAGCUUCCAUAUGGUAGUAAUAAAUUUUAUCAUGAAAAAAAGGUUGGGGUUAGAGAAACGCCCACACACCAUAUCUACACUUUUAAUAAGAGCUUAGACCCCUAACUGGAACUAAAAAAAUGUUGGUGUAAUAGUCUGUUAUAAGAAAUUGUACUUUGUAUUCUUUCA